GAUGUCUCUGUUGAACUUAAUGAAAUGGUUGAUUCAAUUUCCAAAGCAAACAUGUAUGAACUAGAAGAUAUAUUAGUUUGUGUCAAACCUGAUUCAAAAAACGUCAAAGAUGAGGAAGUUUUAAUUGAUCUUGCUCCAUCCGAUAAGAUGACCAACUGGAAUUGCAAUGGAAAUUCUUGUGCAGCAGAUGACAUUUUAUUUCAUUUAAAAUCUGAAGCUGAUUCAGAAUUUGUCGUAAAUGAAAAAAUGCAGAAUGUUGUUUCGGACCUCAUUGAUGUAUUUCCUAAACAAAGUUGCUCUGCUGAAGAUGCUUUUGUAGUUCUUUCUGAGUCUGUAACUAAUUCAGAUUUGAAAUAUACUAAUGAUGAAAUAGUGCAAAAGGAGGACUUGAACAGAUUUUGUAUGCCGAUUGAUCCUAAAAAUGCUGAAGCAAUCGCUGUGAUUGAAGCUGAUGUAAACUGCAAAGAUUUGGAAAGUAUGGAAAGGAAUAAUUCAACUGCUGAAAGCAAUCAAGUAUGUGAUAUAUCAAAGAUUUCAUCUGGAUCCAAAGGAGCUAUUUCAAAAAAUAAACAGGACGUAUAUGUUCCAUUAGCACAACAAGUGGCUGCAUUUCAGCAAAAAUGUCCCGAGCGAUAUCUUUCUUCACAUGUAAGAAAUUUUCAGUCUACCAAGAAUUGGGCUCCACCGAAGUACGUUCCUAAAUCUCCAAAACUGCAAGCUGCGAAAAGACAUCGGGAGAUUAAAACCAGUGUUGAAGAUGUCAAAAGGUAUGAAUUUCAUGCUCGACCUUUCAAUCCGAAAAUUUUUGAAAAGCCCAUGACUUUGGAAAUUGAAAAGCAGUCAACACAACCUAAAAGUUUUACUUUGAAAACCGCACAGAGAGCAGAAGCUCAUGUAAAGAAUGAGAACCUUGAUGUGAAAAAAAGGGAAUUUCAUGCUCGUCCUGUUCCUAAAAGUUGUCAUAUGAAGCAAAAUGAACCUGAAAAGGUGAAAAUUCAUACCACUAAGCCUAAAUCACCAAAUUUUGCACUGAAAAAUAGAGAAGAGAAGUGGAGUCAACGAACUAACAAAACAAAUGAUGACACUAAGCAGUCCAACCAGAAAGUUUGCUCUAAGCAGCCAAAGCCGGCAGACUUUUCUGAGAGUGUUCUAAAACACGAAAAAAAACCUAUUGAAGUAGUGCCCUUCAGCUUUGAAGAAAGGGAGAAAGCAAGAAUGGCAUUGAAACAACAAAGGAGUCAGGAUCUGGGGAAAGAAAAUCUUAAACCUGGUUUUAAAGCAAGAGAGAUGCCAAGCUUUAAGCCACCAGCUUUGCCGAGUAUUCAAAGGAAGCCAGCAACUCAACCAGAGCCCUUCACAUUUUUAUCAGAAUCCAGAAUUUCUAGUCAGAAGGGUGAUACUACUAUAUCUGAUAAGACUAGUUUCAAACCUCACCCAGACAAUGUUUUGAAAACAUUUAAUUCUAAAAAAGUGCUAUCUAUUACUGAAGUCAAGGAGUUUCAACUCCACACCGAGAAGAGGGCAAAAGAAUGGAAACAGCUAGAAGAGAUAAGAAAAACCGAAGAAAUGGAAAAACAGCAAGCUUUAGAGGCUUAUAAAGUAGCAAAGGAAAGUCAAGAACAGCGUGAGAUUAUGAAAAUGAGACAGAAUGCAGUUCAUAAAGCAAAUCCUAUUAGAGCUUAUAAAAAUGUUGAAAUAAAACCUUGCAAUUUGGUGACUCAACCAUUCACUCCAAAGUUUGAAACUGAUAAACGACUUCAGUUGAGGCACGACAAGACGGGGCUUGAUAAGACUGAAAUUGAUUUUUAGUGUACUCUAUUGGUUUUCCAUUAUUCAUAGUGUAUUAUAUAUAACUUUUAUAUUGUAUAUAUUGGUUUUGAUAGAAUGCUUGGUGAUAUACAAGAUUGUGAUUUUAUUGAAUGUUUGGCUUCCAAAGUAUCAAAUGUUUUAAUGUAAUUCAUUUUAAACAAAAAUUGUAACCUCCUUUUUUUCAUUCAUGAAAUUUACUAUUUAUAUUUUUAAAGAAUCU